AUGGGUUCUCUAGCGUUCAAACCGUUGAUCCAAGCAUCGACUUUCACCAAUAAUCCAUAUGUGGAUUUUAUAUUUGUGAUGUUCGUCGUACUUUUCAUUAUCAAGGCUACCACGUCUUUCUAUGGGCUGCUGAAGAUGAAAUGGGCGACCGAAAAAGCGUUUGUUGGUUUUCCUAUUGAAAACAGACAUCCCGUAUUUGGACAUUUACAUAUGCUCAAAUUAAACACAGAGGAGACGAUGCACAUUGCAGGUGAGCGGUCUGAUAACUUUCCAUACACUGGUCUGUUGUGGUUUGGUCCAUUCCACGGUAUAUUAAUAUGUCAUCAUCCAGAUACUAUACAGCCAAUUAUGUCUACUGCAGAACCAAAAGAUGAGUUCACGUAUGGAAUGGUAAAACCGUGGUUAGGAGAUGGACUACUGAUAAGUAAAGGAAGUAAAUGGUUUCGUAAUAGACGUCUAUUAACACCGGGAUUCCAUUUUGAUAUAUUACGACCCUAUGUACAUAUAUUUAAUGAAUGUACACAUACGAUGAUGGACAAAUGGAUGAAGCAAAGUGACAAUGGGAUGAUAGAGAUGUUCGAACAUGUCAGUUUGAUGACCUUGGAUAGUUUGUUGAAAUGUAUCUUUAGUAUUGAGAGUCACUGUCAAACUGAUGUGUCCAGAAAUCCCUAUAUUACUGCAGUGUAUGCGUUAUCUGAGAUGGUAUUGAAGCGGGUCCAAUUUCCUCCAUACUUCAGCGAUCUCGUCUACCAUUUAACGUACAGUGGUUACAAAUGGCGAAGAGCUCUACGUCAAGUCCACGGACACUCAAAAACAGUUAUUCAUCAACGAAAGCAGGCACUGCAGGACCAGAAAAAGCUGGGAAUUAAACACAACAGAAAAUAUAUUGACUUCUUAGAUAUUCUUCUUGAAGCAAGGGAUGAAAGUGGCAAAGGCCUAACAGAUCAAGAGAUCCGAGAUGAAGUUGAUACUUUCAUGUUUGAGGGACACGACACCACAGCUAGUGGAAUUUCUUGGAUCCUCUAUAACAUGGCCAAACACACAGAACAUCAACUAAAAUGUCAAGAAGAAAUUGACGAAUUGAUGGAUCAGAAAGAUAAAGAUGAGAUUGAGUGGGACGAUCUAUCGAAACUGCCUUACCUGACAAUGUGCAUCAAGGAGAGUCUACGGCUGCAUCCACCAGUGCCGUUUAUUGGAAGGAAAUUGAGUAAACCCAUUGAAAUGCGUUCACCAACAGGCAAGGGUAAAGUUGUGAUUCCUGCUGGCGAGAGGAUUGGAAUAGCUAUCACUGGUUUACAUCACAAUCAGCACGUUUGGGAAGAUCCCGAGGUUUAUAACCCGUUACGAUUUACGCCUGAGAACUGCAAAGGACGCUCACCACAUGCAUAUUUACCAUUCUCUGCUGGACCUAGAAACUGUAUUGGUCAGAAUUUUGCUAUGAAUGAGAUGAAGAUUGCAGUUGGACUGGUGUUGAGGAAGUUUAAUCUAGCAGUCGAUGACUUCAUACGGAUUCGUCGUUACAACAGUAUCGUUCUACGUGGUGAAAGGGGUAUCCCUCUCCACGUGAAACCCCGAAAAAUUAAAACAACAUAA